GAGCUGCUCAUCUCAGCCUGAGAGCCCUCGCCCACCGCCAGAGCCCGCAGCCUGACCCGUGAAGACUCCGCAAUCGCCAUGGCGUCCGCGAUGAUGGUCACCUCCAGCCGCAGCGGCUUCAGCUCCGCCAGCAGCGUGCAGCUGGCCCAGGGGGGCAGGCGCGUCUCCGGGCCCCCCCCGAGCUCGGCCGGCCGGGCGCCCAGCAUGUACGGCGGCGCGGGAGGGUUCGGCACACGCAUCUCCCGCGCCACCACCCUGGGCUCGCUGGCCGGGGUCGAGUGGUCCAUCAGCACCAACGAGAAGCACACCAUGCAGAACCUCAAUGACCGUCUGGCCGCCUACCUGGAGAAGGUGCACUCUCUGGAGCAGAGCAACGCAGAGCUGGAGCUGAAGAUCCAGGAGUAUUACAACAAGAGGACUGCGGGGAGCAGCAAGGAUCUGACCCUGUACGACAGCACCAUCGCUGACCUGCGCAAAGAGGUACAAACAGAUACACCCCUCCACUGGGCCACUGAUACCCCUCCUGUGGCAGGCUGUCCUGUGUCCUGCAGGUAUGAAUCAGAGCACAACACCUGUGAGAUGGUGGAGAUGGAUUUGUCCCGGAUGAGGAAGGUGCUGGAUGACCUGACCAUCUCCAAGUCGGAUCUGGAGGUGCAGGUCGAAGGCCUGCGGGAGGAGCUUGGCUUCCUGAAGAAGGACCACACGGAGGAGAUGAGCCUGCUGAGAUCCCAGCAGGCUGGGUCUGUGAGCGUGGAGGUGGACUCUGCCCGCACUGAUGACCUGACCAUGGAGCUGCAGAACAUGAGGGAGCAGUACGAGGCCCUGGUGCAGAGAAACAGGAGGGAGGCCGAAAUCUGGUUCCAGAAGAAGACCGAAGUUCUGAAAACUCAGAUGAGCAGCAGCACCACCGAGAUCAACACCUCGAGGGUGAACUCGGAGAGCCGCCUGCAGGAGGUGAGACAGCGCAGCGUGCAGCAGAUCGGCGUGCUGCAGGAGCACAUUAACAUCCUGGAGGUGGAGCUGAAGCAGCUGCACGCUGACAUGGAGCACCAGGCAGAGGAGUACCGCAUCCUGCUGGACAUCAAGAUGCGCCUGGAGAUGGAGAUCGCAGAGUACCGCCGCCUGCUGGACGGGGAGGAGUGCAGGUUGCAUGGCCCCCAUGUGCAGAGGAGAGUGAAGACCAUCGUGGAGGAGAUAGUGGACGGCCAGGUGGUGUCCUCCUCUGUGGACGAAAAAGUCCAUGACAUCGCCCUUCCCUACUGA